AUGGAGGAGGACAAGCUGGAAAAGGGAGAGGAGGGAGGAGGAGGAUCGAGUGACUCUCUGCAAGCAGAGCAGCGGGCGAUUGUCGUGGGGACGACUGGGGGCUGCGUGCUUGUGCUCGGUCUCCCAGCUGAGGUAGCAGCUGCGAACCGCGAGCUGCUGCGGCGGCAUGGGCUUGAGAAGGCGCGAGGGGAUGAGAGUCUUUGGCGCCAUCUUGACCUGCUGGACCUGCGGACGAGGAUGGAGGAGCAGCUUCGAGCUCGAGCCCUCGCGUCCUCCUGCCUCCUCCAGGCCCUGCGCGAGCCUUCGCCUCUUCCCCUCUGA